AUGAGUAGCUUUGGACAGAUCCUACAGGAGAUUGGAGAGUUUGGUUUAUUUCAGAAAUACUUGCUGAUUGCAUUGUGCAUCGUGAGUGUAUUUAAAGGUUUUGAUGUGUUCAGUCAGAUGUUUGUUGGCUUGAAGUUUCCACAACACUGUAACACUGACUGGAUCUUGGACCGUGGCCCAAACUUGACCUAUGAAAGACAAAAAAAUCUCACGCUGCCAGUGGGCGAGGAUGGAAAAUUUGAAAGCUGUAAAAUGUUCAGACCUGUAAAUUUGAGUUUGGAAACCAUUGAAGCUUUUGGAAUUAACACUACAACAGAAUGUAUGACUGGAUGGAACUAUGAGACACCCCCAGGUGCCUCCAGCACUGUAACAGAGUUUGAUCUCGUGUGUGACCGGAGUAUUUGGAUUUCAGCAUCAGAGUCCUCCUACAUGGCAGGAUAUCUGUUUGGAACUUUGGCAUUUGGGGCAAUUUCUGACAGAUUUGGUCGUCGCGUUGCCAUCCUGCUUUCACUGCUUGGCUAUUCAGUGUUUGGUGCUAUUACUGCUUUUUCUCCCCACAUCUACUUUUAUAUGAAGAUCAAAUUUUUUGCUGGCUUUACAGGAGGUGUUGCUUUAAUGAACAUAUCUAUAAUGGGUAGGUACUGA